AUGGAGUCCGGAGCGACCGUGCACCGAGAGGCCGUCGCCUCGGCGCCCCUGCCGUUCGUGUGCGUCGCUCCUCGGCUCUUCCUCGGCAGCGCGCGCGCCGCGGCCGGGCCAGAACUGUUGGCGAGCGCAGGCGUGACCCUGUGCGUCAAUGUCUCGCGCCAGCAACCGGGGCCGUGCGCGCCCGGCGUGGCCCACCUGCGCGUGCCCGUGUUCGACGACCCGGCCGAGGACCUGCUGGCUCACCUGGAGCCCACCUGCGCCGCCAUGGAAGCGGCGGUGCGCGCCGGCGGGGCCUGCCUCGUCUACUGCAAGAACGGCCGCAGCCGCUCGGCCACCGUCUGCACCGCCUACCUCAUGCGGCACCGCGGCCUCCGCCUGGCACCCGCCUUCCAGACAGUCAAGAGCGCCCGCCCGGUAGCUGAGCCCAAUCCAGGUUUCUGGUCUCAGCUCCAAAAGUACGAGGAGGCCCUGCAAGCCCAGGGCCACCUGCCCCGGGAGCCCUGCAGUCUCCUCCUCCCCAGCACUGAGGUGCACGCUUAUCGUGCCCUCAGUGACAUCACACUCUGUGAUGUGAGGGAGGAGGCUGACGCCAAGUUGAUGGCAUCCUGCCACACAGAGCGUCAGAGACUGCAGAGAUCUGCCCGGGAAGAAUACCUAGGACUCCCCAGCAGGGAGGGCCGAGACCCAAAGGGCCCCUCCCAGAGCAGAGAGGGCCAGGCAGCAGCCUGGCGCAUCCCCUCUGCAUGGGCGAAGCGGACGCCCUGGGGUCCAGAAAAAACGGCCUUGCCCCCCACUUCCAACCUCUGCUUCCAGCAAGAAGGAACAAACAAGCCACGCCUGCUCUGA